AUGCAUGGACUACCACUGCAAGUAAAUAUGUCAGCCGGUGCAUGCAUCGCUCUUCUCAUACAAAGAAAGUAUAGUAGAAGAAUCCUGGAAAAAAGUGAAAAAGGAAUUGUUGCGAUGCUUCGAGAGCGAACAUUAUGCACAGUAAAAAUUGCCACCUUUGAUGGAUUAGCUAUGUUAGAGCAAGUUCGUCUAGUUGCUAGUGCGACAAUAUUUAUUAGCGUAAGCGGCUCUGGUGGACACCAAUUUAUAUGGCUACCCGAUGGCGCCGCUUCAUUGCUACUUGUUCAUCGACAUUUAGGAACGGGUGUUAUUGGCCAUGGAGGAAUCGGAGGCGGUGGAUUUCCAGGUAAUGAUCUGUUAUGUUGGAAACAUCCUACAAUUAUGUGUGUUAAUGCUGCGACAACGUCAUUGACAGCGCAUUACUCCAGUGAUGUGGAAGUAGAUCUUCACUCAUUCUCCAUUGCCCUAGACAUGAUUAAACUAUGGCAGCGCCGUGGGAAGUUUGAUCCACGUGAUCCUUCUGAGUAA